AUGACACCAUUGCCCGAUACUGACCAUCAUGUUGUCCUGCAGUUUGUUAUUGCCAUUUUAAUUGCCUCUUGCGCCGCCAGCGAAGAUGAUGCGCAUGCCCACGUGCAGAAGCAAUUCAAAAAGGAGGACGGCAAGGGACAUUUCGAGUAUGGUUUCGACAUAACCAAUGGAAUUGGGGCAGGCGAAGCUGGAGAUGAGCAUCAGGUUAAGGGCGAAUAUCAUUUUGUGUCUAAGGAGGGAGUUCCCGUUAAGGUGUCCUACACAGCAGAUGAACGCGGUUACCGCCCAAAUAGUGACUUGCUGCCCACCCCGCCGCCAACUCCUGAGGCCAUACUCAAGGCAUUGGCCUACAUCCAAGCGCAUCCACGCAAGGAGGAACAAAGCCCAAAGCCCCAACGACGUCACUAG